GCCUCAGUGUUGUGCCAAUCAGUAGAAAUUGUGGUUUAUUUCAGAACAAUAAGUUGUAAUUUCAUUUAUAUCAAAUAAUUCGUCAUUUUUCAAUUAGCUGUAAAGUCACAUCUGCAUCUGUAAAUAUGUUUAAAGAUCCUGCUGCCAAUCAACUGAUAAAGUAUAAAGAAUCCUCACAGGGAAAUAUUCCAUUAUUAAGGACUGGAAAUGGAGUACGAAUUGCCAACAAAACAUCUAGUAUUACUGUUGGACCUCGAGGUCCAAUCCUUUUGCAAGAUAAUACGCUUAUUGAUGAGAUGACGCAUUUUAACAGAGAAAGAAUUCCAGAGAGAGUAGUGCAUGCUAAAGGAGCUGGUGCUUAUGGGUUUUUUGAAGUAACGCAUGAUAUUACUCGAUAUUCAAAAGCGAACAUUUUCUCCAAAAUAGGGAAAAAAACAAAUAUCUUUGUACGGUUUUCUACAGUUGCUGGCGAACUCGGCUCUGCUGAUACAGUAAGGGAUCCACGUGGAUUUGCAAUUAAGUUCUAUACAGAAGAUGGUAUUUGGGAUUUAGUAGGAAACAAUACACCGGUAUUCUUUAUAAAAGAUCCCUUAUUUUUUCCAAGCUUCAUUCACACGCAAAAAAGAAAUCCAGUAACGCAUUUAAAGGAUGCAGAUAUGUUUUGGGAUUUUGCUACCUUACGAACGGAAAUAACACACCAACUAAUGAUACUUUUUAGUGAUCGAGGUAUCCCUGACGGUUAUCGACAUAUGAAUGGUUAUGGCUCGCAUACUUUUAAGCUCGUAAACUGUAACAACGAAGUUGUUUAUUGUAAAUUUCAUUACAAGACUGAUCAAGGCAUUAAAAAUCUUCUUGAUGAUAAAGCGACUCAUUUGGCAUCAACAGAUCCUGAUUAUGCCAUACGCGAUUUGUACAAUGCGAUCGAGUGUAAAAAUUAUCCUUCUUGGACAUUUUACAUUCAGGUCAUGACAAUUGCACAAUCUGAGACAUUUAAAUGGAAUCCUUUCGAUAUUACAAAAAUUUGGCCACAUGCAGAUUUUCCUUUGAUACCGGUUGGUACUUUAGUUCUCAAUAAGAAUCCAGAUAAUUAUUUUAACCACGUUGAACAAGUGGCAUUCAAUCCAGCUCAUAUGGUACCUGGCAUUGAGCCCAGUCCCGACAAAUUAUUGCAAGGACGACUUUUUGGUUAUGGGGACGCUCAUAGGCAUCGUUUAGGACCGAACCACCUCCAGUUAUCCGUCAAUUGCCCAUUCAAGAUGAUAAACCAGAUGAUAAAUUAUCAACGCGAUGGUUUGAUGACAAUCAACAACCAGGGUAGCGGGCCUAACUAUUAUCCGAAUAGCUUCUGUGGUCCAGAGCAAUAUCCAGCUGCGCAUCAAUCUACAUUUUUUUUAAGUGGUAAUGCAGAUCGAUACGAGCCACUAAAUGAAGAUGAUUUCGGCCAGCCAAGUAUCUUUUGGCGAAGAGUAUUGAAUGCAGAGGAAAAGAAACGCUUUGUCAACAAUCUUGUGGAUCAUUUGAAAUAUGCAUCGACGUUCCUUAUUGAACGUGCUGUAUGCAACUUUACCCAUGUAGAUAUUGAACUUGGCCAACAAUUAACCAAUCGUCUUCAUCAAGUCGGUGUGCGGAUCAAUUUUCUAGGCAAAUUGGCUAAUCUAUGAACAACUAUAUCGGUCGUAUUUCCGUAAACUUUGUAAAUGGGCUUUUAUUACUUAGUACACUCUUGAGUGUAUAUACAUAUAUAUAUAUGCAUACACACAUGCAUAUCUGU